GGUGGUGGAGACAUGUCUUCCCUGAAGAACUUCAACACAUCAGCUGUGAGACAGGGCUUCAUUGUGGAUGAUGAGCCUCAUUACCACUCUGAGAUCCUCUCUCUCCACGGCUUUCAUUUUGAACUGAAGGCUGUUCGCCAGAGCACAGCAGGAACAUAUGUCUUCUACAUGCAGCGCCUCCGUCCAGGUGAUCCUAUCCUGAGUUUCCGCCAGUGUGAGAGACACACGUUUUCCAUGCGGCCUGACCGUGAGGUGCGCUAUUGUAUCACAGUGCAGUACCGCCAGGGUGGGGAGAACCAGCUCACCACCACGGGGCUACUCACACACAAGUUUGGUCUCGGGGAGAAGACAAGCAAGAGUGAGGUGAUCAAGAUGGAGGGUCUGCAGAAGCCGAUCUAUGUGACGUUCGCCAUCAUGUUUCCCGCAUCCUGAGAGGCUCUCAAUACAGACAUGCGAUACUGUGAUAAAACUGACAUUUCAUUUGUCUAUGUUAUGAGUGGCAAUGUGCAAAUAACAGUCAUAAUAUUUUAUUUAUGUUUAUAUACUUUAUUUUAUCACACUUGUACAUUUUGAUAUUGAUAUAUGGUCAGUAUGCAGGCAAGUGAGCCAAUGUGCAUGAAGAUAGACAUACGGUACAUGUAUAUAUACUUGCUCACUUUGAAAAUCUAUUUACAAAAACAUAUACUUAUACAUAUACAAAUCGACAUAAUAGAUCAAUGUGAGUGUAAUCUUGAAGGAGUAAACCCUUCAUGUUGGUGAUGAGCAUUUUUCUUAAUUUUGGGUGAUGCAUAUAUUUUCCAGUUUGUUUGCUUUAACUGUAUUCAUUUUGAAACAUGUAUUGGAAUCUCACUGUCAUUAUUUCAUACAUCAUGAGCAAACACUGGUCAUCUAUACAUGUGUAUUUAGGUCUGCGGUGCCUUGUCCCCCCCACCAGUGAUCUCCCUUCCACUAGGAUCACUGACAUUAUUAUAUCUGUGCCUAUGCGUGUGUUAUUGUGAGCGUUGGAGUUGGCACCCUGUGGUAUUUCUUACUGCUUUGUCUAUAUUUCAAUACUCAGUUUGGACAGUUGAUGCAUGGUCAUCUAUGUUUAAUUCUAAGUGUUGAUAGUGCAUUUUGUGGUGAAAUAAACUGUCUAUCAAC